CCACGAGAGGUGCACCAACACAUUAAUACAUUGCACAUUGACAUUUCUGACAGCUCGCGGAAAAGAAGAUGAAAUCUUCUAACAUAUUUUUAUAGUACUUUUUGAAGCAAAUUUUUGGUUAAACUACACAUAUUUUUAUAUAAAAACCAAAACUGUACAUGCGAUUUUUACCGGCAAGUGUUAAAUUAUUUACCAUUUGGUCGAGAUCGUAAGUAAAACUUGUUUAAAAAACAGGCGGUGCACGACGGAUCCUAAACGCUGUUAGCUAAAAGAGAGAGUGCUGUGUGCCGACUUUGCAUGCGGCUGUUGCCAAUAAGAUCUCAUCACCGAGCAGCUGUCAAACCGGAGCAGAAAUUUCUCGCACAAACUGUGGGUGAAAGAAAGGCAUGCACCUGUGACCAUAUAACCCAUGAAAGUCUAUUAAAAUUUAAACUAACUUCCCGGAUUAAGCGGUUUUCCGGUAGUGAGUUUUUAAAGGUUUUAUAAUAUUGGUUAGUUCUACCAGACCACAUACUAUCCGUAAAUACAUCAUCAACUAACUGCCAGUCAACGCUGCCGCAAAAAUUGUCAUUAACAUGGAUGUUUAUGAUAUUAGCGACGAUCUUGUUAAGAAGCUGAGCGACUGGAAGCUUAUAGGCAUCAUAUCAGGCAAAUUUAAUGAAUUGAAAGAAAAUUAUUCAAAAGUUAACUUUGUGGAACAUGUACUGAUCGACUUUAAGUACAUGGACAAAAUAUUGCUAAAUAACAAAGUGCGCGAGGAAAAGUGCAAUAAAAAGAGUUCAGAUUUUCGUAUGUUGGGCAACGAGCAGUUCUCGUUAAAAAAUCGUAAAUACUUUCAGGCAUUGGAGUUAUACAAUAAAAGCAUUUGUUACUCAGAACCUGGUUCAGAGAAUCUCUCUAUCGGAUAUGCUAAUCGUUCUGCUGUACUUUUUGAGUGGAAGCGCUUUAGAGAAUGUCUGAUUAACAUUGAAUUAGCACGAAAGGCAAAUUAUCCAAUCCGUCUAAUGCAUAAACUUGAUAAACGUGAAAAGGACUGCCGAAAAUUGUUGUCAACGCAACCACCAGAUAUGCAACCAUAUGAUUUUCAAAUGAACUUUGACUCACAUCCCCAAGUUCCCCACAUCGCAGAUUGUCUUGAAUUGCAAUACACUGAAGACGAGGGUCGCUUCAUAUCCACUAAACGUGAUCUGAUAGUCGGUGACCUUGUCGCCAUCGAAGAGCCAUUUUGCUCGACACUCUUGCCACCUAUGAGAUAUAUACGAUGUGCCACUUGUAAAGUGGAAAAUUACUUAUCACUUAUACCAUGCGAAAACUGUUGUUCGGUGAUGUUCUGUUCGGAGGAAUGUCGCGAUCGUGCUGUCGCCACUUUUCAUAAAUACGAAUGCCCCAUUAUAGAUCUUCUACAUAGAAUGUUCAAUAAAAUUCAUGGUAUUGCGUUGCGUGUCUGCCUUUCAACAAUAGAACUCUUCCCGACAAUAGAAGAGCUGAUGGCAUUUUGUGAAAAUCCAGAAAAUCAAAAUAAGUCUGCAUUCGAUUUGGACUAUACAAAUUUUACACAACGUGAACACUAUCGCGCCAUACACGGGCUAGUGACGAAUCAACAUUUACGUUCCGUAUCCGACCUGUUUCAGCGUUCAGUGGUUUGUGCUAUUCUGAAACAUUUCAUUAUCGAGCAUACUCCAUUGAAAGAAUUCUUAGGUGGUGAAGAGGGAGAAAAUUUCUUCACGGAACUACUAUUUCGACAUUUACAAACAUCACCAUCUAAUAUGCACGGCAUCGAUCUUGUAGAGCAAGUGAACGAAACGAAAGACGAUACCACACACUCGUCCGGCGCAUUCGCCUUCCUUUCGUUGCUGAAUCAUUCGUGUGCACCAAAUACAUUACGUGUGUAUCAGGGCACAAAGGCAUAUCUAUUUGUCUUCCGUCCAAUACCUGCCGGAGGAGUGUUGUACGACACAUAUGGUGCACAUUUCGCUAUCUUCUCAAGAACGCAGCGCAUCCAGACACUAUCAAUGCAAUAUCGGUUCACCUGUAAGUGUGAGGCAUGCGAAAAUGACUACCCAAUCUUUGCUAAGCUACAACCUAAACUAUUUAUACCCUACAUAAAUGACGAAACGGACAUGAAAAGUUUGGUCAAAUAUGAUUAUCCUUAUGCAUUGGACAAUUAUCGUAAAUAUUGUGAAUUCCUGACGCAACACGCGAACGCCUAUCCCUGUGCCCAAAUCAGUUCGGCCGAGGAGUGUUUAAAAAUGGCGUUACAUAUACUCGUCGAUGCAGUGCCGCUGAAAGCUAAAAUGUAAACUGCGUAUGCCACCUCUCAUGAAACAGACACAGACACACACACAUACACACACCCACAUUUGCAGCCAUAUGCAAACAACAUGCGUAUACCAAGAGUGAAAUUUUGCUUUUAUUUCUACUGUAUUUUUAAUUGAACCAUACGUUUUGAACAUAACGUCAACACACAUGACCAUGCGCCUACAUAUAUGAAUAUGUAGCAUAUAUAACACGAUGAAAUGUUGCCGUAAAUUAUAAUAAAUCAUUGUAACGAAAAUGAUUUUAUGCAAACCAUCGCUGUCGAAUAUUGGCUUUAAUAAUAUAACAAUUUUUUUCUUAAAUUAAAAACUAGGACGAAGCAAGCGAUAAAAAUAUACAUACAAACAUGCAUACUAGAACUAGAUGCGAGUAUUAUAUAAGACACCGCAAUUCAUUUGACGCUGAAAGUGUGGCAGUUUGUAGAACAACCGGCCGAUACUCUGGAAGUGUGGUGCUGAAUUUAACGCCCUUUUGGUGUAGCCUCAUAAAGAUUGAGCGCAUAGAAAUCAUAUCCAAUUGCUAAAAACAAAACCCUAUUGUUACGAUUUUUCACUUUCAUACAUAUGUAUGUAUAAACAGAUUGGUUGGUGUGCAGUUGUAUUAAUGUAAAAAUUAAGUACAUAAAAAGUUCAGUUUAAGGUCCAUCAGUUAUUACAGAGGUUAACGUAUUAACGCCAACAUAUGUUUCCGAUAUCCCAUUAAAGUAUGUUUUUUAUUUUAACUUACAUAACUACAAAUGCUAUAAGCUACUAAAGAAAUAUUGUAAUUUUUGUCGCAAUUGUUUUAGAAAAGCUUUUUGUGUAUAUUUUCUGGAAUCUCUGAUUUGUGGUUCGGCAUUUAAUUUCGCACAAGGAAAAAUACGGCUUUCUUUUAAAAACGAAAAUAAAUAUUUUCAAGUAUUAAAAC